AUGGUUGGUUUGAUUGCUCCUCGUUCACUUUAAGCCCUGUUGGAUGUUCUAUCUUUCGAACAUAGUCUUUGCAUCCGUCAGCAUUCUGGUGCUCCAUGUUUCGACUUGAUUUUGUUGAUUGUCGUCCCCCAUUAUCAUUCAAUUAGAUGGAUUGCUUCAAAGCAUAUGCUUUUUACAUGUGGAAAACAGUGUUUAAUCAUUGGUGUUCCAUAGGACCGCUUGAUAUUCUCUUGACGCGUGUCCUAAUUCUUAAAACGGGCAGACACGUGUCCCGUAUAUGGGUAUGCGUAUGCUGAUGCAUCAAGUCAUGACACUGCGUUCGGAGUGCAUGCUAGCUUCUGUGUGAUCCUGCACUAGCGGCUCAGAUCUGCGAGCUUAUGUGCAGCCAGCAAUCAGAUUGAGUGACUGGGCAUAACGUACAGGAGUGACUCCGUUCUACUACCGCAUUCCCGCCACUGACGCCAGGCACGCGAAGGGACUGCUGGGCGAAUUGUGGCUGCUUAGCUAGUCUCAAAAGUGGUCACAGGAUAGUCGUAGGGGUCAGCUCUGGACGAUUGUGAUGGUACCAAAGCAUCCAAACGUCCUGUGCCAAUCAGGCUUUUAUGUACUCUGCUAAUAUCUUGAAUGCAGUAACCACAACGCCGUGCCAAAGACGACGGCUGACCUAGUUGUUUGCCUGUUUGCAUAAUAAGGGAUAUAAUUUUUUUCUUCCAAGGGAUCUGCUAAUAUUCUUGGAUUAGUUCUGUAGUAGGGCAUAUAUGCCCUUCCUCCCCUCGACUGUCAUUGCGUCACUACAUAUGUCUUCGUCCCUCCUGACUCCUGAACAUUUUAGGCUGCGAAUUCCGCCGAAUUCUACACUUUCAGUGCAGAGAAUAUCGAUGGUGAGAUGGUAUCUAUGGAACGAUACAAGUAAUCCUCUUUUUUAAACUUAUUUCCCAACAAUCAAGAGGCAAAGUGUGCUUGGUCGUGAAUGUUGCUACCAAAUGAGGUUUAACCGACAAAAACUACGCCCAGCUGCAAGAAUUGUAUACCUCUUACGCUGGCCAGGGUCUCCAUAUUUUAGCUUUUCCAUGCAAUCAGUUCGGUCACCAGGUAACCGUUGUCAUCUGGCAAUACUGACCCUCUCAGGAACCUGGUACCAACGCCGAAAUCAAAGAGAAUGCCCUCAAUAAAUAUCACGCUACCUUCGAAUUUUUCAGCAAGUGUGACGUCAACGGCUCUAACGCUCUUCCGCUCUUCAAAUAUCUGCAAAACGCUCUCCCCGGCACGCUAAUUAAGUAAGUGCGUCUCGAGUAUCUUAUUUUAUAAAAACCCGAUGGUACAAAAAGUCGCAAUUGGGGAAGUUUUCAGCGGAUUCAACUCAUUCUUCCACAGGCACGUUGCAUCUAUUGACAGUUAGUCAACUGUAUGACGGAUUGUAUAUGCAGAACAUAUAUAUAAACCGAUUUGUAUUGCACAACUGCAACGUGCGAUCGGGCCGUAGGGAAUUUCAGAUAAUGGAACCCCGUUUAGGGCUGUUAAUUGCUUUGGAGUGCGUACCUGGCCACUAUUCGGACUACAAGGUGCUCUGCCACACGAAGGACAAACGAACUUUGUUUUGUCAUCUCGCUUCCAACUGUUAAGUUAAUUCAGGGAUAGGCAAACACAUUGCUGUGUCGCUUACAUUGUCUCUUGUGCUGACACUCGAUAUAUUUGGUGGUUAGACCCGGAACUUGCGACACGUAUUUUGCCAGUUCCCUUGCAUGAUAGGAAACUUGGGUAAACAGAUGCAAGAUCCAGUAGGUCACAACCAACGCUCUGUAAAGUUCGUACGACAAAUGGCGCAACAAGUAGUGCGUAACCCCAACUUUCAUCCAACACAUACCUCCGUUUGUUAAAUGCAGCUCAAACAAUAUCGUGAUGCAAAACAUCUUUUAUACUCACUAUCGUUCCUGCAUCGCUUUAAGCUAACUCGUCUUGGUCCGGCGGGCCAGGGCACAGGCCGCAGUUGAUAUUAGUGAGAGCAAUGCCCUUUAUAUCUAUGUCAUGGAUUCUCACUCAUGAUAACCCUCUGAUUAUUUCGGUGCGUGUGAAAUAUUUUCAGAUCCCCUGGUGUCCCUGGUAGACGGGCGCUGUCCUUAUCCUCUGCCCCAUCUAUCAGCUUACCCUGUUCUGGGAGUCUGAUGCGGCACUUCCACGGCUAUUAGACUGAUUAUUUGUGAAUAAAACCUCGUAGUCGUUGUCAUUUUCGAGACUAGCCUUGCAGUUUUGCUUGAGUCUGGUAGUGGUUCCGCUCGACAGACAGCAGUUGUAGUAAGCCAAGAGUAGACUAGACAGGUCGUUUGGGGACAGUCGAUGAAGAAAUUGGCAAGCAGAGUUUGGUCUACGUGUCGGCUGUUUUUCCUGUUCUUUAGGACAUGCAGAUUAACGCUUACGAAAUCUUCUCUUUUUUAGUUCAAUUAAGUGGAACUUCACCAAGUUCCUCAUCGCCCGUGAUGGUACUCCAUACAAGCGUUACUCCCCGCAAACCGACCCCGUGGUACGUUCUGUCUGAACUUUGUUUUUAAAAGCACUAGUUAUUAUAUGAGCGUUUAGGUUCUGCAGUGGAGGAAUGCGAUUCCGGACCAGAUUAACUUAGCUAGACGUGUGCUGUCAAGCUUAGCAUAGGGCGAAGUAGAGUUGGCUUAAUUUUUUUGGUUGGGGACUAAGACUUCGUUGCGUUUAGAUAACCUACUUGUUGCAAGUACGACGUUGAGCUGAGAAUGUGACUAUGAUGACUGCACAUAGGCAUGACAAAUGUAUUCUGUAGCCCCGGAUGUCUGAGAGGCAAUGCUUGGAUUGUUUGAAACAAUUCGACUGCGAAUAAGCUUAUUGGCCUGUCAAGAUCCUUCCAUCUUCACUGAGGUAUACACCCGUUCUCGAAUGUUGUGUAGGUAAAGUUUUCCGUGUUAGUUGACGGAAACCCCUCUUCGACCGUGGUUUUCCAUGCGAACUGAAUCCUACGGUCCUGUGCUUUUACUCCGUCCCAUGACAAAUGAUAAACCUGGUUUGAGCGCUCACCCGGCCGUUUAUUUUUCCCUCCUGUCAUCGUUCUCGUGCUGUAGUAACCAUUUAGAUCAGUCUGCUACGUAAAACUUUUGAAUCCCGGUAAGAAACGAACGAUGAAGAUAAACGGCAAUGCAGUGAAGUUGACUUUUCAGCUGAGAAAUACUUACGUUUUUAAGAAUUGUUCGGAUAGAUUCGAAUACCGGGCUCCGUUAAGCCUCUGUCCCCCGGUAUCUUUUUCGGGAUAGAAGUCCUUCCUCACUACAUUUCACCAUGCGGGCGUGCCCGGGGCAUGUUUCGUUAGCAUAGCUUUCCAGUGCUUCACCGACAUUUUAUUUUUGAUCUUCUGCAUCUAAGGUCUCCAGAUCGCUUACAUCCCACCAAGUUUUCCGAGGUCUAUAUUGUUCUACCGCUUUCUCACUCUUUCUCUUAGUCCAUCGAGCCGGACAUCAAACACCUUCUAUCAUCCAACUAA